AGAUAGGUCAUUAUCGCAAUACCAAUGAGUUCCUUCGAUAUCCGUUAGAGGGACUAGUCAGUGUUACGCAUUCUUCAGUCACAAUCAGUCUUUCAUAACGGAUGUAUUGAUUUCUUUAUAUCACAUUUAUUCUAUCUUUUUGUAAUUUUGUUUAUUAUAAAGUUUCUGUUUGAGAUUUGUUAAUCAUUGAUUAAGGAGUAUAAGCUAAAUAUAUUUAUAAAAAAAAAUAAAAGAAAAAAUUCUGAUAAUAGAAACGAGAAUAUGCCGUAUCGUGGAAGAUACCGAUUACUUGGCAGAACUUUCCUCUUCUUGAGGAGUUCUUGCAGCGAGAAAGCGAAAGUCAAUACACAUUUCGUCGCAAAUAUUACUGCUGUUAGGAACUUCUCUGUGAACAGCGCGCUCAAUAUGAGAUUCGUGCAAUUCACGAAUAAAAAUGGCGGUCCUCAACAUUUAGGAGUCCAACUUAAAGAAGGUGGAGAUAUCAUAGCUGUUUCUGCGGUUGAUUCCAGGAUUCCGAAUUCGUUAAAGAAAUUCCUCGAGGGUGGAGAUGACCUUGUGAAAAGUGCUAAAAGGGAAGACGAUAUCGAUUUAAUGGCGGCUGUAGAGAGAAUCGUCGCCGAAGGACGUAGCAUAAUUCCGGCGGAAGACGUGAAUUUUUUGGCACCAAUUACGCGUAUGGACAAAUUAGCAUGCAUCGGUUUAAAUUAUAGCGGACAUUGCGAAGAACAGGGCGUAUCGCCACCGGAAAGUCCAGUAGUAUUCAGCAAAUUUCCUAGUAACAUUGUAGGACCAACCGAUAAUGUUAUUUUACCUUCAAUAUCAGAGAAGGUCGAUUGGGAAGCUGAACUUGCUAUAGUGAUUGGAAAGCGAUGUAAGACUAUCAGUGAUAAAGAAGCAGAGGAUUGCAUUUUUGGGUUCACAAUUGCUCAAGAUAUAACAGCUCGAGAUUGGCAGAAAUCGAAACGCAAUGGUGGACAAUUUCUACUUGGUAAAAGCAUGGACACAUUCUGUCCACUUGGACCUGCUGUUGUGACGAAGGAAUCAAUAUCCGAUAUUAAUAAUUUAACGGUGAAAACCUGGGUAAAUGGUAAUCUCAAGCAAAAUGGAAAUACCAGUGAACUUAUUUUCAAACCUCACGAAAUUGUUGCUUAUAUAUCCCAAUUUAUGACUUUGUUACCUGGAGAUGUAAUACUUACUGGUACUCCAGCAGGUGUAGGAUUCACGAGAAAGCCACCGGAGUUCUUGAAACGUGGAGACGUUUUGGAAACAGAAAUUGGUAAUCUUGGACGUUUGAGAAACAAAGUAUUGUGAUUGAUGAAAUGUAAUUAUUUGCGUCGAACGAAACAGAGAUGUCUUUUAAUUAGUAAAUGGAGAAACAUGUGCUUUCUCGAUUCAUUUACGUAUGUCAAACUCGAAUCGUAUCGAUGAUUUGUCACAGAUAGAUCAGAAAUGUUUACGGACAUGACAGAGAGCUGAACUUUAUGAAUAUAUGCGUAGCCAUGCUACUUAAGAAAAAUUGCAUCGAUAUACCUUUUUAGAAAGAAAAUAUUAAGUCGGGCAAACCAUGAAAUCCGUGCGGAACCCAUGCCUUUUAAAUGUAAUCAUUCAAUUUCGCUACUUUUAUAUACAUUAUGCAUUUUAUGUAUUUGUACACUAAACAUUAAAGAAAAACUGUUUCUACAGAA